UAAUUAUUUAUAGUCAAUGAAAUAAUGUUUAUUGUUCACUUUACUGUAAGUUACACAAAAACCGAACAUGUUUCGUUUGGUUGUUUUUUGUGCUCUUCUGGUGGGUAUCCACGGACAAACAACGCAGGUGUCCACAUGUACUUCUCACAUCGGCGACCUGCCGCUGAACACCUACAUCGAAGGCUGCGACAGUCCGCCCUGCAUCCUGCCCCAGCUGCAGGAUGUCGUCAUGCACAUCGUCUUCAGAGCUCCACGAACAAUGCGCACGAUGACGACGCUCGCCACAGCAUAUCUGUCCGGCAACAUCAUAACAAUUCCAAUCCCGUACGACCUGGGCGAAAACUCCAUCACCUGCAACUUCCUCAACAACAGCUACUGCCCCGUGCUCGAGGGAGAAGUGCUGCAAUACACCCUCAAAAUGUUCAUCGAGGAGUUCUUCCCUGUGGGUACCAGCGCUCCCAUAGAGUUCAGGGUCGUGGGCGAAACCAACAGUGAUCCUGUUUUCUGCAUCAGAGUGCCCAUCAUCAUCGCACCAGCUGUCGACAGCGCUUAGAUUAUAAAACAAAUGCAAAUUUUCAUAGACUGCUGCUAUAAGUAUAUUUACAGACAUAAAACGUAUACGAGUAUAGCUUAAGAAAUGCUGUAGAUUAUAAAGAACCAAUGUAUUCUAAAAACGUCUUAAAUUUUAUUGUCAUAGGACUUGCAAAUUGUUAAUCUUAUUGUCCGUCUAUAAUAUUAGAUAAUAUAAUUUAUAUUCUGUAA